AUGGAUCACCUCCCAGAACCCCUCCAAACAAUCCUCACAAACGCAACCUACACCUACCUCCGCUCAACAGCCCACUCCCAACUAACAACCCACCUCUCCACCUUCCGCACCACCGUCGUAGAUCCCUACAUCCUGACACCACUCUCACAUCUCCUCGCGACAACGCUCGGAUCUUCCACGAUGCCUGAUCUCAUGAGCGCGCUCGUGCUAGGCGGCGUUCUGCUCGUCUCGCUGGUCAUCCUGGAUUACAUACGGCGGUUUGUCGUGUGGUGGGUGAUGUGGUGGGUGCGGUUUAUUGUGCGGGUGGUGUUUUGGGGAUCUGUGGUUGUGCUGGGUGUUUAUGUUUGGAAUGUUGGUGGGGAGCAGGCUUUUAAGGAUGCGGGGAGGGUUUGGGGGUUUUUGAUGGGGUUUUUGCAGGAGGGUUGGGCGAUGAUUGAACAGGGUGGUGCUCCUGGUGGUGGUGGUGGUGCUGGUGGGAAGGGGAUGGGUGGUUCGGGUCAGUGGUGGUAG